GACAAGAUGUCAGAGCAGCAGACAGAUUUCCUGCUGCUGGUUCCCUUGAACGGAUCGACCCAACGCUUCCGGCUCUGUCUGUCGGUUGAGAGCGGAGCGGUUCUGAGCGGAGCGGUUCUGAGCGGAGCGGUUCUGGUCGGGCCCGGAGCCUCUGGAUCCGGAUCGUUCUGUGUGAAAGUCGUCUGACUGAAGCCGAUGGAGUUCGCCUGCGGGUUUGUUUACGUGCCGCCGUCGCUCAGCCGGAGGGAAGUCCAACGAUCCGGCGGCAACGCGGCCAAACGCUCAGCCCUCCUUCCUCCGGUGAAAGGCCUUCGUCCUCGAGCUCCUCCUCCUCCUCCUCCUGCCCACCUUAAGGUCAAAGGUUACAAAACCUCUGGACAGCAGGAGAGAAACCAGGAAGUCGGAUCCUCCAAACCCGUUUCUGUCUUAUUGAACCGUCCAGAACCGGAGGCGGAUUCUUGUCCCGCAGGAUCUGCAGCGACGCCUUCCAGAAGGACCGCUCUUCUGCCGCCAUUUAUGAAGCCGACAGUGAAUCCUGAACCUGAACCGCCUCAAACCUCCAACAGCAAUCAGUCGCUUUGGUACUCAAAACAGGAAUCUGGUCCAAACAUGGAGACGACAGAGAAUCUUUACGCCUACAUUUUACCAGAAGGCCGAGGCGCAGAGGCCUGGCUUCCUGAUGGAGGAAUCGCGUCUGGAUCUGCCCCACCGCUGCCUCCAAGACCUCGGUUUAUGCCUCCAACCCCGGAGUACAUGAUGGUUUUAUCCUCGCCUCCUCCAUCCAGACCUCCAUCCAGACCUCCAUCCAGACCUCCAUCCAGACCUGCCAGUAAAGAUCCGGGUCCUCUGCCUGGAAAUCCCAACAUCGUUCUCAUCAGUUUGGGAAAGUUGCUGUCAGAGGAAAGAGAGGUUCCCAGUCAUGGGAAGUCCAUGAUGUGUUCAGAAUGUGGGUCGGUUCUGGACAGUGAGGCCAAAAACCAGGUUAAAGUGUGCUACUUUUGUCAGCGUGAGGAUUUAACUAGACCGUCCAGACUUCCUGUCGGUGUGCAGAAAGAUGAUUUGUUUGUGCUGAACCCUGAAGAGCAGCCGCAGUCCAGCAGCGACUCGCUGCUGCUGUUCUGCAUCGACGCGUCCGGCUCCAUGAGCAUCACCUCCGAGGUGUCAGAACCGGGGCAGAACAUGCGCAGAACCAGGCUUGAGUUUGUCCAAGACGCUGUGCUGCAGUGUGUCCAGAAGCUGAGCGACCAGCAGCCAGACGCCCGAGUUGGACUCAUCACUUUCAACUUCCAGGUCACUGUGUACGAAUGCAACAGUUUCCAGUUGUAUCAUUUCAGCGGCGCCGAGCUGAACGACCAGAGCUUCCUGAUGGCGGCGGCGGCCGGGCUGGCCACGCCGCUGCCGCUGGCGCAGACUAAAGCUUCCCUGCAGAGACACAUUGCAGGAUUAUCAGCAAAUGGAGAAACGGCUCUGGGUCCGGCUGCCCUGGUGGCUGUUUCAAUGGCCUCCAGGCUGCCAGGGUCAAAGGUGAUUAUCUGUACAGAUGGAAAAGCCAACGCAAAACUGGGGAAUCUAGAAGAGGAGGACAACGACGCUCGCGCUCUGCUGUCGUCCACCAUCUUCUACCAGAACCUGGGGGAGUUCGCCGCCAGCCGGGGGGUGACCGUGUCCGUGCUCUCCAUAGAAGGAACAGACUGCCGACUGGAUGAACUGGGAAGACUGGCGGAUCGAACUGGAGGGAAGGUUGUAAUAGCGAGUCCCAACCAGCUGCACUCAGAGUUUGAAGAGAUCGUUGAAAACAGGACCGUAGCUACACACUGUGCCGUUACGCUCCUGCUGCCCAAAUCUCUGCGGCUGAAAGGAGAGAGGGAGGUGGGACACAAAGGGACCAGAGAGGUGGGGAAUGUGAACAUGGACACUGAGGUCACCAUGCAGUUUGGAGCUCAUGAACACACAGAAGUGGCGUCGCCACCUGGUGGCAGCCGUGUCACCGUGCAGCUGCAGGUCCGGUACCGGAGGAACGGCCGGGCUCUGCUCCGGGUGUUCACUGUAGAGAGAGAGGUCACUGAUGACAGCUCGGUGGCCCUGUCCUCCCUCUGCCUCGCCAUCGUUCAGCUCAACUCGCUGCAGGCCAGCGCCGCUCUGGCCGUCAGAGGCCGCUUCCUGGACGCCAGGAAGGAAGGAGCAGAGCAGCAGCGGCUCAUCCAGCGAGCCAUAGAGCAGAACCAGAGAGCAGAGGACCAGCAGAUGUACCAGGACUGGGUCAGAACCAUGGAGCCCAUAAACCACAACAUUCACACUCUAACCAGGAGGAGCGCUCUUCUGUCCUACUCUGAGCCUCUGACAGACGCUGGUGCAGCUCUGCUCAUCACCAUGAAACACAGCAACAGGAAGUCCAUGUAGCCGCCGCCAAACGUCACACAAAGGCUCCGAGUUGCUUUCUAUAAUUAUAUGUAUAAUUAUAACAUUAUACACAGGAAAUCUUAAAUUAAAAUGUGCUUUUAAUUCGUUUUGUAUAUUAAAAUAUAAGACUAUUCA